UUCUCUUCAAAUAAACACACACACAAAAAUGGGCCAGCCCUUUAUAUAAUCCAACGCCAACCCUAAAACCCUACACACUACUUUCUCCAUCUGCUCCGCCUCCCGUUUGCACAGCUGCUGCAGCAUUCACUAUCUGAGCCUGAGGCAAUGGCUCCCAAACAGCCAAACACUGGCCUCUUUGUAGGAUUGAACAAGGGGCACAUUGUGACCAAGAAGGAGCUAGCUCCACGCCCUUCUGAUCGCAAAGGGAAAACCAGUAAGAGGGUACUCUUUGUCAGGAGUUUGAUCAGGGAAGUUGCUGGUUUUGCACCAUAUGAGAAGAGGAUCACUGAGCUUCUUAAGGUUGGCAAGGAUAAGCGUGCAUUGAAGGUAGCUAAAAGAAAGUUGGGCACACACAAGAGGGCUAAGAAGAAGCGUGAGGAGAUGUCUAAUGUUCUCCGCAAGAUGAGGGCUGCUGGAGGUGCUGAGAAGAAGAAGUGAGGCAUGUGAAUGCCUCCAAUUUACUGGCUCCACAUGCUAUCUUAGAUUCCAAAUAGUGGGGAGAAUUUUGUUUUAGACUGGAUGUUUACCUCAGAUCGCUUAUUUUAUUUUAAUCUGCUAUAAACCGUUCUGUUUUAUAUGAGAAUUAAAUUUUAUGUGCCCUUUUUCCGAUCUGAAAUCCAAAUGUGUCUUGGCUUGAUUGGAGGUA